AUGGUGGUGGAGUACCUUGGUCCAGCAGACGUGCAGCGUUUGCUUGCGCUCCUUAGCGAAGGGAAUUGUAAGUUUUCUUUCGUAGAGAAAGAAUUUAAGGAAACGUUUUCUAAAGACACUUUCGCUAAGGUGUCAAGGGCCAUACAACGAAUGAUUCAUGAUAUGAUUGCCUCACCUGACGGUGUUGGACUAGUGUCAUCUUUUUUCGUUCUUGAUGUUAUGUGCAAGAUGAACUGUGAACAGGCGAAGUCAGCGUUUUAUGAUGCGUUGCUAGAGUUGGAGCGAAUCAUGCGGCAAGACGUUUGCGUCAUGGAGCAGAUCAAGUAUGCCUCAAAGGAAGCAAAGGAAGGAAGAAGAGCACACGAAUCUGUUAAUUCAGAGAGAUACCGUCUACGUUCAGCGGUGAAGAGUUUUGCCUUUCGGUUACUUGCCAACAGGGUUGCGCCUGAUGAAACACCACUCAUGGCCAUAAGUGACAAGCAAGAACAAAUCGACACCGCCCUAAACGCAUGGGAGAGCAACAGUAUAUGUCUCAAGGAACCCAUUGCGGGUGUUGCAGAGGCGUGGACGCUAGAGGCAGAGAAAAAUGCAUGUGGAACCCUUUCCAGGAUUUCUGCAACCCUUGAUAAUGGAGGACGGGCUGCGCUGGUACUGAAACCGGUAACACCCCAACUUCCUUCGUUGUCCCUGGUGUCUGGUGAGCUUCAGUUUCUGCUGCCGGCUUCUCCUCUAAACGAUCUCCUUUUAAUUAACAGUGAGGUUCCAACGGAGGAGUGGAAAACUGCAAAAAGAAUGGUUGCCGCAGGUUGCAAGGGGCUACUUAAUAAAGAGGAGCAGCAAAAAUUGCUCCAAACACUUUUGGCAGGGGACGUCUUUGCGCGUGUUGGAAUAAGCAGUGUGGUACUCAGUCGCAUGGCCGAACACAAUCCAGAUGUUGCCGCCUCGCUAAUACUGAAGCUUCCAGCCCAGGAGGCAAACCAAUGCGUUCAGAGUAUACUAAAGAGUUCUGUGCCAUCGGAGCAUGUAGAAACUGUCUUGUUACAUGCUUCAAAAGUGCUGCAGCAAGCGAGCUUUCGUGCAUACAUUACCAACAAGCUUCAUCAUUUCAAAGAAAAGACGACACUAUCCAACGAGGACAAAGAUGAGGUGAAAAAUUUUGUCAGGACUCUUCACCAGCUUUUAACAAAAGCGUCGAAAGAAAACAAGGAGUUAUACGUUGCUGACACGCUAAAGACUGAUAUAACUCGACUUUGUGAGAGGUGUGAUAUUCCUGAAGUGGUUACGAGAUGGGAUGAACUAAAGUAA